AUGUCGAGGACGACGCUCCCUCCCGUUAAUCCCGAGAAAUCGCUGGCGGGCAUAACCGUCGACCCAAAGACGCUCGAGCGGGUCAUCCCUGAAUCACGCAGGCCAGAUGGCUCAGUGCGCAAGCAGCUCAAAGUGCGACCGGGGUUCACGCCACAGGAGGACGUGAAGCGUUUCCGGAGCACGAAACAGGCCCAGAUAGAGGCUAACCAGCUCCCGAAGGGCCACAUCGUCGGCUGGGUGCCCCCGCCUAACGCAGCGAAGCCCAAGCCUGCGGGGGAGGGCUCAAAGGCUGCUGUGAGUAAGACUGCGGCGAAGAAUGCGAAGAGGAAGGAGAAGAAGAAGGCGCAGAAGGAGCAAGAGCAUUUGGAGAAGAUCAGGGAUAAUUGGGAGAGCAGCGAGGAUGAGGCGCCUGAAGCGAGCAAGAGCACAGAUGGGGCGAGAGGCAAGGAGCCAGAGGCUGGGGCGCAUACAGGGGACAAGCCAGAGUCUGCUGCGGCCCCUGCUGCAGGCACGUCGGACGCAGACGGGUUGUCUGAGAAACUUGAGAAGCUCAAUGUCAAAUCAUGA